GCGGCGGGAGGGGAGACCGGCGGGGGAGGGAGGGAGGGCCGGGAGGCGAAGCAAUUGGGGUGUGGGGGGGCGUGUGUGGUGGAGGGGGUGGGACGACACAGGUGUCCUGAGGGAGGAGCCGGGAAGAAGGCGAGGAGGCCGGGCCAAGUCGGGGUGCAGAGAGGCUGCCUACCACAAGGACUUUAGCUUACUUUUUAAAGAUUGAAGAAAAAAAAAGAAGACAGAAAAAGAAGAACUCAAAAGAGACUCAGAGUAAUUUGACCAAGGCUCAGAAGUUUUUGGAGCCGUGAGGGAUACAGCAGUUUGGUCAAUAUUGUCUUAACAUGCUUCAAAUAAAUCAGAUGUUCUCAGUGCAGCUGAGUCUUGGUGAGCAGACAUGGGAAUCCGAAGGCAGCAGUAUAAAGAAGGCUCAACAGGCUGUUGCUAAUAAAGCUUUGACUGAAUCUACGCUUCCCAAACCAGUUCAGAAGCCACCCAAAAGUAAUGUUAACAAUAACCCAGGCAGUAUAACUCCAACUGUGGAACUGAAUGGGCUUGCUAUGAAAAGGGGAGAACCUGCCAUCUACAGGCCAUUAGAUCCAAAGCCAUUCCCAAAUUAUAGAGCUAAUUACAACUUUCGGGGCAUGUACAAUCAGAGGUAUCAUUGCCCAAUGCCUAAGAUCUUUUACGUUCAGCUCACUGUAGGAAAUAAUGAAUUUUUUGGGGAAGGAAAGACUCGACAAGCUGCUAGACACAAUGCUGCAAUGAAAGCUCUCCAAGCACUACAGAAUGAACCUAUUCCAGAAAAGUCGCCUCAGAAUGGUGAAUCAGGAAAGGAUAUGGACGAUGACAAAGAUGCAAAUAAGUCUGAGAUCAGCUUGGUGUUUGAAAUUGCUCUGAAGCGAAAUAUGCCUGUCAGUUUUGAGGUUAUUAAAGAAAGUGGACCACCACAUAUGAAAAGCUUUGUUACUCGAGUGUCAGUAGGAGAGUUCUCUGCAGAAGGAGAAGGAAAUAGCAAAAAACUCUCCAAGAAGCGCGCUGCAACUACCGUCUUACAGGAGCUUAAGAAACUCCCACCUCUUCCUGUGGUGGAAAAGCCAAAACUAUUUUUUAAAAAACGCCCUAAAACAAUAGUAAAGGCUGGACCAGAAUAUGGCCAAGGGAUGAACCCUAUUAGCCGCCUGGCACAAAUUCAACAGGCCAAAAAGGAAAAGGAGCCAGAUUAUGUUUUGCUUUCUGAAAGAGGAAUGCCUCGACGUCGAGAAUUUGUGAUGCAGGUGAAGGUAGGCAAUGAAGUUGCUACAGGAACAGGACCUAAUAAAAAGAUAGCCAAAAAAAAUGCUGCAGAAGCAAUGCUAUUACAGCUUGGUUAUAAAGCAUCCACUAAUCUUCAGGAUCAACUUGAUAAGACAGGGGAAAACAAAGGAUGGAGUGGUCCGAAGGCUGGGUUUCCUGAACCAACAAAUAAUACUCCAAAAGGAAUUCUUCAUUUGUCUCCUGAUGUUUAUCAAGAGAUGGAAGCCAGCCGCCACAAAGUAAUCUCUGGCACUACUCUAGGCUAUCUGUCACCCAAAGAUAUGAACCAACCUUCAAGCUCUUUCUUCAGUAUAUCUCCCACAUCAAAUAGUUCAGCUACAAUUGCCAGGGAACUCCUUAUGAAUGGAACAUCUUCUACAGCUGAAGCCAUAGGUUUAAAAGGAAGUUCUCCUACUCCCCCUUGUUCUCCAGUACAACCUUCAAAACAACUGGAAUAUUUAGCAAGGAUUCAAGGCUUUCAGGUAUGAAUUAAAAGCAAAAACAAAAACAAAACAAUUCAUUAGCCUCAGAUCCUUCAUCUCUAUCCAUCACAAGGCUCAUUCUUGCCUGCUAGUGUGGCCUACAUGCCACUUACAUUUUAAGUUAUUUAGGAACACAAUGGACAUGAAAAAAGAGCCAUAUGCACAUGCUUCAUUUUAUCUUAUUUUUGUUCUAUCUAGUAAUUCUUUAGCUGACUUUUCUCCAUUUUCCUUCUUUUUCUUUUACAAACAUUUUUCAUACUCUUCACUGUCUUCCAUUUGGUCUUGAUUAGGUGCAUCUAUCUCUUCACUCUGUCUUCCACAAACAAAAAUUCUGCCUUCAGACAUUUGGUGUUAGUAUUUCACACUCAGUUCUCUUUUUACGUAAGGAUUGAGUUUUUCUUUUUUUAAUGAUGAUUUUACUUUUUAGCGGUUUUGAAUUUUGAAUUCUGUUGCUAGUAUUGAUUCAGGUACACCAUUAAGAUACAACAUUCUAAAAGUUACCUUAGGAGUUAAUUAAACAUGGUAUUUGAAGAAUAAUGAAAUGCUUUAUAGUUGUUUGAGGCAUAACAAUGUGUAUUUGUUUUACUGGAUCAUGUUUUGAACUGACUAGGGAGGGUAGCACCUGCUUCAGAUGGUACCAGCAAUUCUGUUUCACUGGGUAGUCUAAAACUACCAUAUAGUUUAACUUAACUUGUUGUGUAUGUGAAUUUAGGGAUGGAAACUUUUUUCCCUGUUUAUUCUUUGUUUCCUUUUGGAAAAAACCCCACAAAAAUCAACACUCCGUUAUAGAUACAUCAGAGCUUUUAAAAGAAUUGUUAACUCUAGGAAGGGGAAAUAUCUGUGUCCUGAUUUCUUAGUUGCCUUGAAAAUCAUGUACUGAACUGUAACCGCUAACUUGACUGGAUGAACUACAGUUUGCUUGUGUGUAGAGAGUGUAUUGCUUCCUCAGAUUUCACUGUUUUCAUCUUUUUUUCCAUCUUAGUCUUUAUUCCUUAAGACCAAAAACUGUAAUAUCCUUUAGAAAUGCUCUACAAGAUCUGUAUUGUGUAGAAUGAUCAUGUAUUUAUGAAAAUUUUACAAGUUUAGAUUAUAAAAUGAAAAAAAAAAGAUCGUGUGUUUGGGGGUAUUUCGCAUGUUUGGAUUUUCCUCCCCCCUUCACUGAACCCUUCUGAUUCUUUCAAACUAUUGCCAGGUAGUUGUUAGUGUUUUUAAUUGGACUAUUAAUAUGAACUUAAAGAAGCUGUUACGAAUUAUUGGCUCUGUCAUCUGAAAUUUUAACCACUUAAUUUAAAGUUAUAAUUUUAGAGUUUGUUUUUGUUGUUUUACCUUAAGAAACACAAUAAAUCACUGUUUAAAAAAAGAUCUCGAUUUAUAUAAAGUACUGGAAAAAAACAUAAGUAAUUUUUAGUUCUAUCUAUAAUCUGCAUAGGAUGAAUUAGAAAUAAAUUGUGAUGAAAAGAAAUUCACUGCUUAUUUAUGAAUCUAGUCAUGUAGAAAUACCUGAGAGUAACACUGUAUUCUCAUAGAAACAAAACACAAAUUUCAUUCAAGCUCUGAAUUGGUCUUUUGCUUGGAGCUGUUGUUAUCAUAGAUGUAAUUGUGCUACCAGAACUUCUUAAUUUUUUAAAUUUGUUUUUAUUUGUUAGUUCUUGGCAAUGACAAUAAUUAUAAUUUUAACGUAUCUUCACUGUAGUCAACACACAGAGUCUGCUUCCCUCAUUAUUGCAUUGCUUAGGCCUUUUUAAAAAGCUUAUGCUGACAUAAUAUACUCUUAUUAUGGACACAUUACACAUUUCCUAAUCUGUGUAUUGUGAUUUUUACAUACUAAUGAAUAUAAACAGAUGGUUUUAAAAUAUUACUGUGCUUUUUCGGUUGAAUGAGCUGGUAUUCAUGUGAAAUACUAUGUCACUGAUGGACCACCACCUGCAGCUAAGCAGUGAGCAGAAUCUCUGGGAAAUGGCUUAGUCCAGCCACAUGUAUAGCCCAUCUUCAUAAUGUCACAGCAAAAGAUUCUUUGUGGUUAAGAGUUUUAAAGCCUAUUUCUUUAUAGGUAACUCUUUCAGGCAUAUUUACCUGGUAGGAAAACAUGUAGAUUGUUUCUAUUACCUAAACAUUUUAAUUGGACUGUAGUUUAGAAAUUAUAGGACCAGCUUGUUACAGAUUAUAUGCAGUAUAUUCUGUUACUUUUAUUUCUGGAACUUAAAAACAAUAAAUUCUUUUUCUGUGUUUCUAGGUUAGAACUUUUUUAUUUUAUUGCACACUGAACAGAUAUUAUUGGUUAUUGAAUAUUUUGUAAACCCUUCCUUGGCUUUCCUUUGCCCGUUGCAAUUUGAUUUAAGCCUACUAGAGCCAUUGUAUGUGACAGCUAUAUUGUAUUACAAAGUAAAAAUAUGUGAGUGUAUUGAAAACAAAGUUGUUUUAACCUUUAAUUUUGUUUCAUCACCCAGUCUUUAAUUUGAAUUUAUAAAUUACAAAAAGCUACUUUGCUCAACUGACUGUAGGUAUCCAAGCUCAAAUCCUUUCUUUUAAAUCUACAAAAUACGUAAAACGUAUAUACAAUUAAAGUUAUUAAUAAAAUUGACUUAACAGAGCAGAAUGUGACUGAACACUUGCACAUUCUCAGCAGUUCUUUUAUUCUUGUUUGGUCUCACCUAAAGUUUUUAUCAUAUUUUAGAAUCGAACCUUUUAGAUCUCUGUCAGAAAUGAAUGUUUAUUUCUUUCAAGUUUUAUCAAGUAUUAAUACAUUUUAUUUACCUUCUUUUAAAUGUUUUAUUCAGUAGUUCUGUGAACUUCAGACUUUGUUAUUCAGCCUAAUCAUAUACUUCUAUAACUUCUACACAUUUUAUAAAAACUCAUUCAAACUUGUAGUCCUACCAUAGUGUUUCAGGGUUCCUUGUUGUGUACUCUUUUAUUAUAAUGCCAAAAUGUUUCAAAAUCAUUCAGUUUUUUUAAAGUAAAUUAUUAUUCAAAAGACACUCUUGAAAUGCUGUGCAUUUGAACUGAAGUGAAAGAAUUUGUUUCAUGUUGUACUUUACAUUAUUCUAAGUUUUCACCUCUUUAAUAUGCUUUUAUAUGCUAAUUAUAUUAGAAAUCUCUUUAUAACUAAAUACAAGUGGUUUCUUUGUUUAAAUUAGUCGUUAAAAACUAGGUUGGAAAUGAAAGUGGAUUAUUUAGUAAAUCAUCCCUUCUAGAUGGAUUUCAUCUCAUUUUGCUGUUCUGUGACUCUCCUAUGAGCGUCAUCCACUGAAACAGUGUUGUUUGUGAAACCUUCAGAGUAUAACACACUAGUUUUUUUCUCACACAAAUAAUAUAAAGAAGCACUUAGUCGGUGUUUUACUUAAACUAUGAUUAGUUUAUUUAACAAAAUCAAGGAGUGUUUUAUGGAGGGGCAUUUCAUUAUUGUAUUAUAAUCAUGCCAUUUCCAGCAAGAUGAGAAUGUCUACUUAAAUUAAAAUCUUCCUUUUCAAAUAUAAUUCAUGCUUAAUACAUUUCAACUGAUGUGCCUCCUUUUGUUGAGUUUAAUAUGAUGAUAGCAGGCUUCUUUUGUAGCCACAGACGUCUUUAAGUAUUUAUGUUUUAACAAUAUGACUUUAGUUUAGAUUACAUUGAAUUGGGGCUGGUGGGAGUGGGGUAGGAGCGGCUGGUCUCCCUGAGAAUCUGAGAAUCAACCUUUCUCCUUUCUGUUUAUUCAUAUCUCUCCUAUAGCUCAUGUUUUCCAAUACAUAUAGUUACCAUCAACAUGGCUAUUUGCAGCAGCUUUUUUUUUUUUUUUUAAAGAAUAAGGUAUUUAUUUUUGAUAGGAGAUCAAUACAAGUUCAACUUUGUAGAUUUCUCUUAGGAGAAUAUGGAGAAAGAAAUCAUCCAUGUACAUACCUACCCACACUUAGGAAUAUAGUUGUCCCUUGGUAUCUACCAGAAGGAUUGAUUGUAGGACCCCCAAGGAUACCAAAGUUCAUGGACGCUCAAGUUCCUUAUAUUAAAUGUUAUAGUAUUUACAUAUAACUUACAUAUAUCCUCCCUUACACUUUUAAUCAUGUCUAGAUGCCUUAUGAUAAUACAAUGUAAAUGCUAUGUAAAUGAUGUUAUACUAUAUUGCUUUUUUGGUAUUUUUUAUUCUUUUUAAAUAUUUUUGAUAUUUGGAUGCAUAACCCAUGGAUAUGGAAGGCCAAUUGUGUGUUUUCCCCCCAUUUUUAAUUUGUAAUUGAAACAUAACUUACCAUGUUGCCUCUGAGCUCAAAUGUUUAUUUAGGCUAUUAAGCAAAUGGUAUAAAACCAUAAGAAAUUACUUAGACUACAAUGAGCAAAACAUAUUUGUGGGUUUGGUCAGCAGAUGCUGCUCUGAUUUGCCAUUAAAAUCUUAAAAAUUCUUAAAAAGCUCUCUUGAAUUUGACCUCUACUACCUUCCAACGACCCUGGAAAGACCCUGUGUUAGAACUCUCCUGAAGGCUUGCUCUUCCUUUAGUGACCUUAACACUCAGGUUUGUUCUUCCAGUGGGCAGCCCCAGUUCAUACAAAUUGACCUGUGUGUCUGGUGUCUUUAGACUUUGAUACGUUGGCCAAACUCCAUGAGGUAUUCAAACAUAACACAUACCUGUACUUCCAUAAAAACCAGGGGAAGUGGGCCGGGCAUGGUGGCUCACGCCUGUAAUCCCAGCACUUUGGAAGGCUGAGGCAGGCGGAUCACCAGGUCAAGAGAUCAAGACCAUCCUGGCCAACAUGGUGAAACCCUGUCUCUACUAAAAAUACAAAAACUAGCUGGGCGUGGUGUCAUGUGCCUGUAGUCCCAGCCACUCAGGAGGCUGAGACAGGAGAAUCACUUGAGCCUGGUAGGCGAACAUUGCAGUGAGCCGAGAUAGUGCCACUGCACUCUAGCCUGGUGGCAGAUUGAGAUUCCAUCUUAAAAAAAAAAAAAAAAAGUGGAAUUUUAGAUCAACUCAUUUUGCUGAAAUUUUAAACUCCAUUUAAAAAAAUGUGUUUGUAGAAAGAAAUCCUGGUGCAUAUAAAAACUGCAAUGAGUAACAGUAAUUCAGGUAAGAAUCAAGCAGGCCUUGAGUAAAGCAGUCCAUUAUUAUUGCAGAGACUAUUUGGGACUAACCACCCACCCUAUGUUGCUGUGAGGCACUAAUAAAGAUACUCAUUUUGAGCUUUUAUGCACCAGUGCCUACAUACAUAGUAAGGAACACAAGAUACUUCAAAGUAUAAGUAAUAUAUAAACACAGUAAGAGCUGUUCCAACCCCAGAAACUUUAACGUAAAUCUGAAGUGAGCCAUCAUGAUGCAGAAAAAGAUUGUCAUUUUGCAUCCUUUCAAGUAGAACUAUCUGAUAAUCUUUUCUGUUUGUAUCAGAAGAGAUUUCAACUCAACAUGAAAAUUUUACUACUUUGAAUUAUUUGAAAAUCAAGUAUUUGAAGGAAAAAAAUUAUUUCUCAUCUAAAGAUGGAUUAUAUUUCCUUUUGCUAGAUAGGAUUGGCAAUGGUGAUGAUGUGAUUUUUUUUAUUUAAGGACAUAAAAUUAAUUAUAGUACUCAUCAGGUGUCUGGCAGCUGCAUGCCUACACUCAUUCCAAGUCAUGUUGAAGUGACUCCAGCAUUUCCCUUUCUCCAGCAUCCGGCUGUAACUAAGGAGAUUUUUUUCCCCCCGACAAAUGACAGUGGCAGAAAUUUCAUGUGUAUUGUUUUCUUCUCGAGAACUCAAGGCAACUCUUAAGAAAGAACAAGCAUGUGGAAUACUGCAUGUAAAAGAUUUUUUGCACACUCAAAAAUAUUGCUCUAACAUAACAGGGGCAUGCCUUUAGGAGAUACAUGGUUAAACUAGGGAGGAAACUGACCUUUACUGAUGGACUCAUAUAUAAGAUAGUGAAGAUUACAUACAUUAUUUCAGAAUACCUGGUACAUUUUUGCUCACAAAUCUUAUUUUAUUUUGAAAAAAACUAUCAUAUAAUGUUUGAAGACCAGUCCCUGUAAUUAGGACUAAUGUGUGAUGGUGACCCAUAGUCUUCUGGAUAUUGGUUUGUUUCUGUCAUAGAUUUUAUUAAUAAAUUUAUUUCUGCCCCCAACUAUAUAUACAACUGAGUAAGCCAUUUAAGAAUUCUGACUCCUUGGGUGGGUGUGGUGGUUCAUGCCUAUAAUCCCAGUGCUUUAAGAGGCUGAGGCAGGCAGAUCACUUGAGGUCAGGAGUUUGAGACCAACCUGGCCAACAUGGUGUCUCUACCAAAAAAAAAAAAAAAAAAAAAAAAAAUCAUCCAGGCAUGGGGACAGGUGCCUGUAAUCCCAGAUACUGGGAGGUUGACGCAGGAGAGUUGCUUGAACCAGGGAAGUGGAGAUGCAGUGAGCCAAGACCCCACUGCACUCCAGCCUGGGCAACAGAGGAAGACCCUGCCUCAAUAAAUGAAUAAAUAAAUACCUUUAAAAAAAAAAUUCUGACUCCUUUGAGUUGGAAGGAACUUUAGAUUUUAUUCUAAGAUAAAAUUUUAUAUGUGAAUACAUAUUUGAGACUACAUACCUAAAACAUCAUAUUAGUAAUGUAGUUUACUUAUUUUUACUCAAUUUUAAACCCUGAUGGAUUUUAGGUUCUAGAAAGUUCUGCCAUCUUAACAUAGUCACAUCAAAAAGCAGAUUUAACUGUCAAAGAAAACAGAUAUUUGAAAAACUUGCAAUUUAAAAAACAGUCUUUACUAUUUUUUUUUUUUUUAGCAUAAGAAAAGUACAGGCUGGAAGAGGUCGCUCACACCCGUAAUAUAACCUGGGCAACAGGCAGAGCAAGACUCUGUCUCACAGUCCAGAAGCAAGUCCUAAAAUGGAACAUUUGAACCAUUGCUGGAAAAUAGUACUAGGUUUAGUUUGAAAAACUCUUAAGGGAAAGAUAGGUGGUAGGUAGUACAUUGUCAACCGGUUUCCGUAAUUUCAGCAUGUCUAUGAAGAAUUAGAUGGAUAUGAAGUUAAUCUGGCCAUAGAAUGCCGUCCCAUUGAACUUUGGAAUUGAUUCAGCUGAAGCAUAGGACAUGGAACAUUUAUUUACUCACACUAGGCGGUACUCAUUAAGGGCCUACAAAUGCUGGGUAGCAUGCUAAAUAUUGAACACGGGGAGUUAUGGUCAAGUUGGGGACUGACAAGCUAAUAAAACCAAUAUGCAGAAGAAGAUUAACCACUACCAAAAAUUAAUUCUAUCUUCAGGGAUCAGUGCUCAAACGUUACACAAUGGUCAGAUAAAAAAUAAUUAAAUGUUUGUAGCAUGGUGCAAGAAAUACUGUAUGCAAUGUCUACCCCAUAUAAUAAAUGACAUAGUAAGUGUAACCUGGUAUAAGUGUUAACUCGGAAAUGGGGUUUAGUGAUGUCAAGAAUUGUGAAUGGAAAUUAACAGUUCUGACUGAAGGAAUUAGGGAAGAGUUCAUAGCAGAGGGAAUAUUUGAGAUAUGUUUUAAAGAAUACUUCAAAUUUUUAGGUGUAUAAGAAGAAAAGGAAUUAUAGCAUCAGAGUACUGAAGACAAAAGGGCAUAAUGUUUUAGAAAAUAGAGUGAAAGUGGCUAGUGAAGAGGCUGAAAAAAUGUGUGUGUUAUUGAGUUAGAAUUUUUUUAGCCAUUAAACACAGACCACUGAUUUAUCUCUAAAAAGAGAAGUGAUACGACUGGUUAACAGAAAAAUAAUUCUGACAGCAGUGUAAAAGAUGAACUAGACAAGAAAGAGACAGACUUGAUAAUAGAAAGACCAAUUAGACUGGUUUACAUGAACCCAGGGAAGAAAAAGUAGAGAUUGCGUUAAGACAGAGCUAUUGGGCAUGGAGGAGUGUUAUCUAGAGUAUAGUCUUCUAAGCUUCAGUUGAGGAAAUUAAAUGAUCUCUUGUGCUGGCUUCAGCGAGGAUGCUUUCACUAGCCUAAUGGUUAGGGUGGAAGCUAGAUUUACGUGUGUUGAAAAGUAAGUAGAGACCAUUUGAGGGGGUAAGUGAGAUAGUAUGAGUGUGAGAUGUUUUAGGCAAAGUUUUGUUUUUAGUAUGGAUGAGAUGAAUAAGCUUAGAGGAAGUUAAUGAGUUCCGUUUUAAACUGGAAUUUGAGUUGCUUGUGGGACAUUCACAUGGAGUUGUCCAGUAGGCAAUUGAAAUGGGUCUAGUGAUCAGUAAAUGAACAUAGAACAUACAGAUUUGAGAGUCAUCAGUGUAUAUAUGUAACUGAAGCCACAAAAACAGAUAAUAUUGCCCAGGGAGAGUGGACAAAGGCCUGCAAGAUAUUCUGGAUGCAUAUUAACAUGUAAGGGAUUCAUUUAUUCAUGAAUUCAACCAGUAUGUAAUGAGCACCUGCUAGGGACCAGGUACACAACUUGGCACUGAGUAUAUAGCAUGAAUAUGAUAGCCAGGGUUUCCGCUCUCAAUCAGCUAACAUCAGAAUGGUAGUGUGGAAGAGGGGAGGGUUGGAAAUAGGUGCAAGGGCACCUUGAACACAUCUGAACACAUACAAUCACUUUAAGUGGUGUUAAGCUCCUAAAGUAACAAUUGCUUGAAAAUUAGUUAAUUAUGAGGUUAAUUAUGAUUAUUUAUGCAAAAUUUAAACCAUGACUUAGUGUCGUCAGUUGUGCCAGAGAUAACUACAUGUGUUUUAAUCAACUUAUUGAUGUAUAAUUUACAUGUAAUAAAACCCACCCAUUAUUAAUUGUAUAGUUUGAUGAGUUUUGAAAAAUGUAUACAGUUAACCAAAAUCUAUACUACCACCAUAAUCAAGAUGGGACUCUUUCUAUUACAAAAAAAUUUUCCUCUGACUCUUUGCCACUGAUUUUCCUCACCUCCAGACAACCACACAAUCCUUUCUGGCACUAAAAAUUAGUUUUGCCUUUUCACGGAUUUCAUAUAGGUGGAAUCAUAUAGUAUUCACAGUUUUGUAUCUGGCAUCUUUCACUUGGUAUAUUUUGAAAUUCAUGCAUGUUUCAUGUAUCCGUAGUUUUUAUUGCUAGGAAUUAGUUUAUUGUAUGCAUAUAUACCACACAUUGUUUCAGUUUACCUGUUCAUGGACAUUUGGUUUGUUUUUACUUUGGGGGCUAUUAUGAAUAAAGCUGUUUAUGAACAUUCAUUUACAA